CCACCGUUUCAAGCACUACAAAAAUAUUCGCCGCGUUCUCAAAAGCCUAGUAACCCAGACAGAAAAGGAGAGACAUAAACGCCGCGAACUCAAGCCAUGGACGCCGCCGCUCCCCCAAAGCCGUCCUUGUCCAAGAAGCCCUCGCCGUCGUUCCGCCUCCGCAACGGCAGCCUGAACGCGCUGCGCCUGCGCCGCGUGUUCGACCUCUUCGACCGCAACGGCGACGGCGAGAUCACCCUGGACGAGAUGGCGUCGGCCCUGGACACGCUCGGCCUGGGCGCCGACCGCCCUAGCCUGGAGGCCACCGUGGGCGCCUACAUCCCCGCCGGCGCCGCGGGGCUCGGGUUCGAGGACUUCGAGAGCCUCCACCGCGCCCUCGGCGACGCGCUCUUCGGCCCCAUCGCCGAGGAGGAGGAGCUCCGGAAGGAGGACGAAGAAGGGGACAUGAAGGAGGCGUUCCGGGUGUUCGACGAGAACGGCGACGGGUUCAUCUCGGCGGCCGAGCUGCAGGCCGUGCUCAAGAAGCUCGGCCUGGCGGAGGCGCGGAACCUGGCGGCGGUGCAGGAGAUGAUCUGCAACGUCGACCGCGACCGCGACGGCCAGGUCGACUUCGGCGAGUUCAAGGUCAUGAUGCAGGGGAUCACCGUGUGGGGAGCUUGACGACGGCGCCUGGCCUGGCUUUCGCCCCUCUCCUGUGUCUCAUAUUCUGAAGCACUGGAAGAAGGGGAGACGAGCAAUCACAGGAUCCCUAGACUGCUUCAGGCCUUAAGAUUUGUAGGGUAAUAGGGUUGUGUACUCAUAUUAGUUUCGGUCGUUAAGGAACUGGGUUUUCGGUCAGAAACUCAAGAAUGCAGGUACUGGCUUGUACUUUUAGUAUGUUCUUCUAACUAUGGUGUUGUUACCAUGUAGGUAUUGUGCCUCUGAUGUAUGUACCUUAGUCUGUUAAGCUCUGUGUAUAUCAGAUGUCAAAGAAAAAGAAAAGGCUCUGUGUAUAUCAGAACAUGGGACAUCUGUUUCAUCCUUUUGUUUAUUAAAACUGUAUAAUGUGUUGGAUUUUCCUUGUAGAUUGCCAUAUGUGUUAACUUCCUCUGAUUGUAUGUUUUUUUACAAGAGCA